AUGGCCCAGAGCUCAGAGAUCUGGGCCCGCUCCCCCCAAAAUGGGAACCCCCGACGAGCGGCCUCCUGGAAGCGCCCUGCAAGGAAAGACGUUCAGUCCCCGCAGAUCGGACCUGACUCCAAGAUGGCCACCAUGCCCCCCACCCCCACCCCAUGUGCUCCAAAGCAGCUUCUGGACGAGCCCAUCGGCCCAGGAUCUAUCCCUAAACCAGCAAAUGCUCUUCCCGAGCCACCUCGGGGAACACCGGGCAGAAUUAUGGUCCGAGUGCUGGGGACGCAGGUGGACUUUCACUCCGGUUCUGGGAAGGGGGCGGCCGUGCGGGUGGAGACACCAGCUUUGGCUCACACCGAGCAACCUUUGAGAAAACACAGUGAAGCCCCCUGGGCCCCCCGGAUACCCAGCCUGGCUCUGAGAGGGAGACCAGGGGACACCGCGCCCUCACCCAUCCACCUGCUCCGGGAUCACCAGCCUGACAGGAGGAUAGCGGGAAAGGAAUCCCCCCCCUCGGGGCCCCUGGCCAGGGGCCCCGGCGGCCGGGGAUCCUUCCCCGGACCCCCACCCGUGAUCUCUGUUUUCUUCACCCCCUCCACCUACCCCCACCCCUCCCCCGGGUCCUCCCUCCUCCCUGGGGCUCUCGCGCUCCCGGCCUUGGUUGGCGCUGCUCCCGAGGGGGAGGGCUCCCUCAUUCUGGGGGUGGAUGGGGCUUCCAACCCCCUGGUUUGUUUGGAUCCCCCGGCCCUCAUGGACCUGGGGCCGACUUCCAGAAAAGCCCAGGACGCUCCGAGGGCCUCCCCAGGACGGGGAGCGGGGCAGCCCCCCCCAUUUGUUGCAGUUGAGGAUCCGUUAACCUGGGGCCUCCGGGCCAAGAGGAGGCUUCCCGUGUUGGGCGCAGGGGCCAGAACUGGCCCGAAGGGGCCCAGACAAAGCGAGGACUGUCGGGAAAAACGUACCGAGAAUGACCCGGCGCUGGGGAUGACCCGAAAAGGGCCGCCCCGCCCCAGGACCCAGGUUCUGGGCGGGCUCAAGGGGGCCCAAGACGCUCGGGACACCCACGCACCCACCCCCCCCCGCGCCCCCCCCGCGGGCCGCCCUCUCGGGAUCCGAGCCUCCUGCGCCGUGAACGGGCCCACCCCACGGGGCACCUCCGUGCAUACACACAAACAGGGCGCGCACCCACGCACCGCGGCCCACCCACAGGCACGGCGUGCCACGCAAGCCCGCGUGCCGCCCCCACACAUACCCGUGCGCCCGGGCCCGACCCCCACAGGCCCAAGCCGCGUGCCCCCGCCCGUGCCCGCGGGCCCCGAACUUGCCUCGGGGUAUCGGGUGCUCUUUCCCAACCCUUGCCCGGCCUCUGGGGGCAGUUCCCCUCGGGUGGACGAUCCCGGCCUCUCUGAACCUCCGUCCCCGCUUCCCCCCGUUGCUGGACCCUCGGGCCGGCAGCGCUGUGUUCGAUCUGCCCUUAGACACUCGUCACUGCGGGCUCUGGGUAAAGCCCCCGGCCUGGUCUGCCUCGGUGUCCUUCUCUGUGAAGCGGGGGCAGGGCGGCCCCGGCGCCCGGGGGCCGGCAGCUGGCCGCCUUCCCUUCCCGGGCCGUCGGCCGGGCCUCUAUCCUACCAGGGGCUCCCCAGCCGGGCCCGGGGGCCGGCAGGGGCCCCUCGCCCCUGGGCCCGUCAGGGCCGGGGUAGCCCCCGGGGCCCCAGGGGAGGCGGCCUCGGAGCAAUGACCGACCCCGGGCGGGGCUCCCAGGGCAAUCCCUCCUCCCUGGCCCCCACCGUCCGGAUGCGUUUGGGCUUUCAGCGGCCCAGGAGCCUCCGUCCGAAUUGUGGGGAAUGGGGGGACCCGGAUGCACCCUUCUUGGAGGGCGUUUGGGGGGAGGGGCGCUCCCUGGACAUCACCUUCGGGACUGGGGGGGCGGGGCUAGCGGUUCCUGGAGAUCCGGUUCACCCCUGA